AUGUUUGUUAGACCUGAAAUAUAUACCUUAUGUUGUGUUGAGGUUCAAAUAAUUGAUUCCAGUUCUUUUCUGCUCAAGCACCUUCCCACGGUGGAGGAUACGAAGGAGUUUCCUACUGUAUCCCUCACCACCACCGUCUUAGACCAUCACAUGUCAAGAAGAGAAAACGAGGUGGAGGUGGAGGCGGAAGAGAACAACAAUAACGAUGAAAGUAACAAAAUACAUGGGAAUUCGAGUGAGGGUCAGAGCAAGCUCAAGCAUAAGAUGAAGACGGUUAAUGGAGAAUUACCCGUCGAAGAUGAAGAGGGCGGAGUUGCCGGAGAAAUUGGGGUUGUCAGAUCGUCAGUUGCAGAUAUGGUUCUGUCAUCGGGGGUUGAAGGCAACUCGCUAGUUCCUACGGGGAACUUCAAGAUCUGUAAAGGAAAAAAUGGUGAGGAGACAGAAUAG